AUGACACUGGCCCAGAAGAGCGGAUGGGUCAAGAUCCGCCAGACCUGCCGCAUCGCGCUUGAGCGUGGCCACAACUACGCCUGGGUCGAUACCUGCUGCAUAGACAAGACUUCAAGCGCAGAACUCUCCGAGGCCAUAAACUCUAUGUUCAAGUGGUAUGCCAACGCAUCAGCUUGCUACGCUUUCUUGUCCGAUGUAGGAACAAAUCAGCCCUUUGCAGAGUCUCUUUGGUUUACCCGCGGUUGGACAUUGCAAGAGCUCGUCGCUCCAAGGGAGAUUCUUUUUUUCGAUAGAGAUUGGGACCCUAUUGGUACUGUUGUCCAACUCUGCGAUGUGAUUCAUGCCCGAACUGGCAUCAGCGAGAAAGUUCUUCUCCAUGGCUCUGCUCCGGGACCAAGUAUUGGGAUACUUCUCUCAAGUAUCCCGGUGGCAGUUCGAAUGUCUUGGGCAGCAACACGGGUCACGACUCGAGAGGAAGAUCGCGCUUACAGCUUGCUUGGCAUUUUUGGCGUCAACAUGCCCAUGUUGUAUGGCGAGGGAAGCAAUGCCUUUAUGCGUCUCCAGGAGGAAAUCAUCAAGGAAACGAAUGAUCUCAGUCUCUUUGCGUGGAUGUGCUCCUCCGAACAGUUAGGGGCGCAAGACCAGCCGGGGUAUCGCGGUAUUCUAGCCAGCUCGCCUCAUGAGUUCAAAAAUUCGGGUAAAUUAGAGUUGAGUCGAGAUACAAAGUAUAACCCCGAAGUAGGUGCACCUGAUUUUUGA